UGGAGUGGCUACAGACUCUCUUCAACUCAAUUUGGCUCAUUCAGCUGAUCUUCAGUUGCAAUUGGGAGGACAGAGUGGUCAGAGAGGACAGGACUAAGGUGGUGGAUGCUGCACGUUUUUUCCCUACUGAUGCAUAGGAAGAAGUUGAAUUUCUGGGAGCCAGUUUGUUUUUCCCUGCCUAACUGCUGCUCUGCUGCUAUGUUAGCCUGUGACCUUCCUGCCCUGUUCUGUUUCUGAUUGUACCAGGAAGCCUGCUGCUUUUUUCAGAGCUGAAAUGAGACUACCGUUGGCUGCGUGUCUUUUAAUUGCACUGUGCCUUACCCCACAUUACUGCAAUCAUAGUGGGGCAGAAGGAAUGGAUGGAUCUGGCUCAGGAGAUUUCUUUAGUGACCUACUGUCUAACAGCAGUAGUUUUAUGGAGGGAGAACUCAGAGAUUCAGGAUUCUAUGUGCCUAGUUCAAGAGAGAAAUGUGCCAUAAACUUUGACACUGAAAGACAUGGAAAGAACUGUAAAGGUAAAAAUACUGCAUCUGCUUCUGCAGAUGACCUUACCUACCUUAAAGACCUUCUGCAGAAUACUGUCUCUGUCCUAAAUGGUCUGCAUCAGAUAGUGGUCUCAGAGGGUGGAGAAGUGGCCUAUCAGGAUGUGAUACUUGCAACCAUCCCAGGUAUUCGACAGGACAAUACUGAAUGUAAUGAAGUUAUAAAGAAGAUCGUACAGGAACUCACUCUUUACGCUGGUACAGAAGCAAUGGAACAGGAAGAUUCAAGAAAAAAGUUAGAGGAGGAGCUCCUGGCCUUUGAUGAGAUGCUAUACACUGCUCGUGCUGUUGCAAGUCGUAUUGAAAAUAAAUGGUAUGACCUGUACGAAGACCUGACCCAGCACUUGGAAAAGACCAUUAUAUUACAAAACAAUGGCAGAUUUUAGAUAAUAGACUUAAGAUUUUAAAUAAAAUAGAUUUUGAAAAAGUGUGUUUCUUAAGUUUGAUUACACAAGUUAGUAACAAUGUUGUCAGUAAUACACCUUAAACUGCGCAUUAGACAUUUUUCUCAGGGGAUGCUACAAAGUAUAGCAGGGUGCCAUUAAAAUGCCAAGGAAAGUCUUCACCACACAUUCCUCAAAAGACUGUCAGUUUAACUAAAUGGUGUAACUAAUAGGUUUUUGUGACUUUCAUAAGAUGAAGUGCAUGAUUAUGAAUCUACAAUGCCUGAAUUCAUGCUUAAAUAACUUUUCUUAUUCAAAUAGGUGUUAAACUAACAAUUUUCUGUCUCUUCCUGCAUUUCCAAGGUUUGCUUUUUACCUGUAGUAGAGUAACAAAAUUCCUCAAGUAUUUAUACAUUAAAAAGAGCAUAGUAAUUCUGUGAAGAUACGUUGGUCCAACAGUUAGAAAGUACAGUAUAUUGAUCUUGCUAAACAUUUUUAUUGGAAAUAUGCUGAGACGACACAUGAAGAGCUGCAUGUAUUAGGUGGGUACAGAGACAGACAGUCAGAUAUUAAGAGAUUAUGGUUGCUCUGCUAACUGUGAUUAGACAUUAAUAGGAAGUAAUAAGGUUAAAGCACCAGGAGAACUCUACAGGAUAUCAAAAUAAGGAAGUUAUAUGAACUAGAAGAGGAGGGUUAUACUUUUCAGUGUUGCACCGGAUAUUAGAAUUCAUUUUUUCAAAAGCUGGGCGGGGGGCAUUUAUAGAGCAUGGCAUUGUCAUUACUAGGUAAUUACACCCAUCCUACUUAUUCAGACUGAAGGUAUUUAUCUGUCCUUGUAGCAACAUGGGUUUGAGUACUCAGACAUUUAUUAGGAAUUCAUUUGGGGAAGGAGCAGUUGACAAAAAGGUCUACUACUAGAUGGGAACAAUGAUGAUACUGGAUGAAAUGCUUUUAGCAGUGUAAUAACCUACAUAUGCUCUGGGGUGAAUCAUAGGCACAAGUAUAAGAAAGCUAUGUGUACCUGAAGCUUGGAUGUCCUCCUAGGUAACAUCGUCAUUACAAAUCUCAUAUAAUCAGGCAGCAGAAUACCAAAAACGCAUAUCAUGAAACCAGCUUACAGCCCUUCUAGCUCUAAAAAACCCAACAGCCGCCAGUACUAUGGAUGAACAGGGGUGCUAAUAACUAGUUUACUUACAGUGCUAUAUUAACAUUUUAACAUGGUCUACUACAGUCUGGAUGAGCAAGCAUCAUGACCGGUAAUACAGCUUAUCAGACUACUAUAGUAAGUUAUAUAAGGGCUAUAUCUUGCUGACAUGAAUCUGAUUCUAGCAUUUCUGUAUACAUACUCUAUGACUUUGUAACCCAAAUAAUUAAUCAGAUAAAAUAGCAUUAAAUAUAAGAUUUGCAAUUAAUAGGAUUCAACCAUUUAGUAAAAUAAUAAAACAAAUACAGUAAAAAUAAUCUUCAAUGGCAGCUCAUUGAUUCUUGAAGCAUCAUGGCGGAAGUAAUCUUUGGUAAUUUCCUACGACAACAUUUUAAAAUACAUAACUGUUAUGCUUACACGCAAAAGAAAUACUUGCAUUGAAAAUAAUUGCUGUUUCUAAGUUUUAAUAACUGGUCUUGUAAAAUUUUUGAGGUACAACAUUUCUUAAAAUUAAACUCCCCGAAAUGCCUGACAAAGAGAAGAAUGCACAGGGAGGCAGUUCUGAAUAUCAUAACUGUAUGUGAACAUUUUGACAAUGUAAAACCAUAUCCAUAUGCUUCAUUUAUAUGACUUCAUCAUCUAUUAAUAAAUUUUUGUUUAACCAUUGAUACACAGUUCUAUAUAAGUAUGCCAUAUACACCCAAGAUUACUAUAUGUAGCUAAUGUAUGCCAUAUAACUAAACUAUAUGAAAACAUAAACAAUGCUCAUAAGAGCAUAUAAAUAGCUCUUGUAAGGUAUCUGAUUUUCAGUAUGACUUUGUAGAGGGCCACAGUACUGUAAGUAUUAUCUGUACUGCAACAGAUACAAUUUACUCUACCUUAGAAAAAAGGCAAACUGGCAAGAAGUAUCCUUGUAGGUCUUAGAGCAACGUCUUAGAGGAUAGACUACAAACUCCUAACUCAAAACCUAUAUUUCACUGGAUAUGGAGAUAGUACAAAGAUGGCUAUCUUAGUAAUAGCAUUUUAAGUGUCCCUCUAGUGUAGGAAUAUUCACAUCACAUGUCCCCCAUACGUCUGUAUUAGAACCUCUUUUAUCUUCCUGCUUUAUCAGCGAUAUUUCUGGCACUUUCCAUCUUCUGCCAUUACACUAUAUAUGCAGAUGACAUCUUCAUCCUUUGAUCUGGACCAGUUCUCAGCACCGUCACAAGUCAGUUACAGGAUGCCUUUAACUCUCUUUGUAAAUGGUUUGAUGGCAAUAAGCAUUCAAUAAACUUUAAGAAAAUAGUCCAAAUACCCUAUGAUUAAAAAAAAUAUAUAUAUUUUCAGAUGUUUUUAAUUUAUUUGAUAGAACAGAACAAAAGCUAUAUAAAGUUCAGACUGGCAUGUUGCCUGGCUUUUGUUUGACUGAGCACUAACAUCCAAGAAAUGUACGGAGCUAUCAGCAGAGUACUCAGCUUAAAGCACGUGCUGCUCUGGCAUGCCUGAGGCCAGUCCCCCAUCUACACAUUAUCUAAUUAUCUAACUGAGUAAUCAAGUUAAAGCAUGUGCUGCUCUGGCAUGCCUGAGGCCAGUCCCCCAUCUACACAUUAUCUAAUUAUCUAACUGAGUAAUCAAGUUAAAGCAUGUGCUGCUCAGGCAUGCCUCUGGCCAGUCCCCACGUACAUAUUAUCUAAUUAUCUAACAGAAUACUCAACUUAAAGCACACUCUGCUCUG